AUGCCUCCCAAGAGAGCGACCACCACCGCGGCCAAGAAGACCGCCGCCGGCCCAACCCACGCCUCCUACCGUGAUAUGAUCAAGGUCGCCAUUUUGAAUCUGAAAGAAAGAAACGGUAGCAGCCGCCAGUCCAUCAAGAAAUAUGUGCUGGCCAAUAACAAGCUUGCGCCUGCUUCUCAAAAUGCCUUUGAUAGCCAGUUCAACAAGGCCAUCAAGUCCGGUGUUGAGAAGGGAGAAUUCCUUCAGCCCAAGGGUCCAUCUGGCCCCGUGAAGCUGGCCAAGAAGGAAGCUCCUGCUAAGCCUGCCCCAAAGGUAACCAUCCUCCCUUCUAUUUUCAAGUCCAUGCUAACGACAUUCAAGAAACCUGCUGCUACCACAAAGGCUGCCGCCCCCAAGAAGGCCGCCGCCAAGAAGACCGAGAAGGCUGAGAAGGCUGAGAAGCCCAAGACUAAGAAGUCCACUGCCGGCGUGAAGAAGUCCGUCGGACGGCCCAAGGCUAACACUGCUAAGCCUCGCAAGACUAGCACGGCCGCUCCUGCUGUCGUUGACAAGCCUAAGGUCUCCACCGUUACCAAGUCUGGUCGCAAGACCACGACGGCGGCAAAGCCCGCCGCGAAGGUGACCAAGAAGACCUCUAAGAAGGCUUAA